AUGUCAGUGGUGAUCGAGACCACGAUCGGUGACAUAACAGUGGAUCUGUUUAUCCGCGAGAGGCCUCGAAGUUGUCUCAACUUCUUGAAGUUGUGUCAACUCAAGUACUAUAACUUCUGCACGUUUCACACCAUUCAACACAACUUCAUGGCACAGACAGGGGAUCCCACGGGUGAUGGUAAAGGUGGACACUCGGUGUUCCUCCACCUGUACGGCGAGAACGCCCGGGUGUUUGAGAUGGAGACCAAACCGGUGAUCAAACACCGGCGCAAGGGUUUGGUGUCUAUGGUUAACAAUGGAGAGGGUCUUCACGGCUCGCAGUUCUUCAUUACAUUGGCUGACGGUUUGGAUUAUUUGGAUGGCGUUCACACUGUCUUCGGGUGUGUGACGGAGGGUAUGGAUGUGUUGGAUCAGCUCAAUGAUGCCUUAUGUGAUGGCAAUAACAGGCCCUUCAAAGACAUACUCAUCACACAUACGGUGAUACUCGAGGAUCCGUUCCCUCAUCCGGAGGGUCUGGAAAUCCCUCCGCAAUCCCCGCAACUGACCGGAGAGCUACUGAAAUCGCAUCGAAUCGGUGUCGCCGAAGACGUAGACGACACGGACGGCAUGACCGCCGAAGAGAUCGACGAACUGAUCCGCGAUCGCGAGGCCAAAGAGCGGGCGCUCGUCCUGGAAAUGGUGGGCGACAUACCGGACGCCGACGUCAAGCCCCCGGAGAACGUGCUGUUUGUCUGCAAACUGAAUCCCGUGACCCGCGAGGAGGACCUGGAGGUGAUCUUCUCGAGGUUCGGGAGUAUAGUCUCGUGUGAAGUGAUUAGGGAUCAGAAGAGUGGUGAAAGUCUUCAGUACGCGUUCGUGGAGUUCGAGAGGGAGGCCGACUGCGAGAAGGCCUACUUCAAGAUGGAUAAUGUGCUCAUAGAUGAUCGUAGGAUUCACGUGGACUUCAGCCAAUCCGUGUCCAAAAUCAAGUGGUUCGGGAAGGGAAAGGGAGGGACGGUAGUCAAGGAUUUCGUGGAUGGGAAUAGUGGUGGCGAUAAACGGGAGGACAGGUUUGUGCUGAAAAAGUCGGCGUUUGGACAGCGAUUGGACGCGAAGUAUGAUUAUGUUUAUGAUGAGAGACAGGGAAAGCCUACCAGAGCUGAGACUGGGAACAGAUCGCCUGAUAGGGUAGAGGAUGAUAGGGAGCUACACCAUAGGAGCAAAAGGGCGAAGCGAUCGAGAAGUAGGUCUACCGAUAGGCAGAGACAGAGGUAUGGCGAUAGGGAUAGGGAUGAUAGAGGGGGUAGGGAUCGGGACAGACAUAGGGAUAGGUAUAACGAUAGAGACCGUAAAAGUGAUCAUAAAAGGGAUAAUAGAGACGAUUAUAGUAGACAUCGAAGGCAUUCAUCACCGGAAAGAAGUAGUCAUUCGAGGGGUCAUCGGAGUAGGCAUUGA